GUUACCCGUGGCGAAUAGCAUGACGUAAACCUGGUGUCCGGUUAGCUAGCUUCUGGCUAGUUAGCAAGUUGACAUAGUGUGCCGCGAAACCGAAAAUCAGAAGCUUACCAAAGAAAUCGUUGUUUUUUUAAUUGCAUUUGGUGACUGUCGACAUCAAGAAUGGACGACGAUUGCUACCCCAGAACACUGUACGUGGGAAACCUCUCCAGAGAUGUGACUGAAAUUCUGGUUUUACAACUUUUCACACAAAUAGGGCCAUGUAAAAGUUGUAAAAUGAUCACAGAGCAUACAACCAAUGAUCCCUAUUGCUUUGUGGAAUUCUUUGAGCACCGAGAUGCUGCAGCAGCCCUAGCAGCUAUGAAUGGAAGAAAAAUACUUGGAAAGGAAGUCAAAGUCAAUUGGGCCACCACUCCCAGUAGCCAAAAGAAAGACACAUCCAAUCAUUUCCACGUGUUUGUGGGGGAUCUAAGCCCUGAGAUCACCACUGAAGAUGUGAGGGCUGCGUUUGCACCUUUUGGGAAAAUCUCAGAUGCUCGUGUUGUGAAGGACAUGGCGACAGGCAAAUCAAAGGGGUAUGGAUUUGUGUCCUUCUACAACAAACUGGAUGCAGAGAACGCCAUCGCUCACAUGGGAGGGCAGUGGCUCGGAGGACGCCAAAUCAGGACCAACUGGGCAACACGAAAACCACCUGCUCCCAAAAAUUCACUGGACAAUGGCUCAAAACAAUUGCGGUUCGAUGAUGUUAUGAGCCAAUCCAGUCCACAGAACUGUACCGUGUACUGUGGAGGUAUCCAGUCAGGAUUAUCAGAUACAUUAAUGCGGCAGACCUUCUCAUCAUUUGGACAGAUCAUGGAAAUCAGAGUCUUCCCAGAGAAAGGAUAUUCUUUCAUCAGGUUUUCCACCCAUGACAGUGCUGCCCAUGCCAUUGUGUCAGUUAACGGCACGGGCAUCGAAGGACACAUCGUGAAGUGCUACUGGGGCAAAGAAUCUCCUGAUAUGACUAAAGGUUCGCAGCAGGUUGAAUAUGGCCAGUGGGGGCAGUGGAAUCAGGUCUAUGGAAGUCCGCAGCAGCAAUAUGGGCAACAGUAUGUGUCUAAUGGAUGGCAAGUUCCCUCCUACAACAUGUAUGGCCAGUCAUGGAACCAACAAGGCUUUGGUGUAGAACAGUCCCAGUCACCCGGCUGGGUCGGAGGAUUCGGCUCUCAAUCAGCUCAGGCUUCAGGUUCCGCAAGUUCAGUCGUGUCUAACAUGACCAACUUCAACAUGACUGGUUAUCAGACACAGUGAGCUGGUCCAAAUUUACUGAGGAGAAACCGUACUCAUAACGCAUCUAUUUGCCUCAAGUAACACUUUUUUUUUUUUUUAAUGAUAAUGCCCAUUUCAACUCAUACACAGGUAGGGAACCUGCCUGUUGUUUUUCCCCUGAAACGCUCCCCAAUUUCAAAUUUGAAUAAAAAUAAAAUAAUACAAAUAAAAUACACGUACAAAUAAAAAUACCAUCACUCUGUACCAAACUAUAUUUGUGCCUUUUGCUAGAAUGUCACUCAAAUAUAGUUUUGUUUGAAACCUCAAAUUACAGCAAUACGUCAACCAUGUUCUUUACACUUCCCAAAAAACAAAUAUAAAAACCAUCAAAUAUUUUCAAUUGGUUACUUGUAGUCCUUGUUAGAAUAUUUAUGCGCCCCCUGUGCUUGGCGCAUUUUCUAUUAUUUGAUACUGUCGGUAAUAAAAUGCCACAAGUCUGAGUUGGUGUUCUUAAUUUAAGUUUGUACAACGCCAGAGUGUCGCCUCUAACCAGCAUUGCAAGAAUUGCAACGCGCCACGGCAACCUUACAGCGUUUGUCGGUGUUCAGCUAACACCCAACAGUCACUGCAUUUUUUUGAUGGGAAUGAGAAGUGCUUUGUAAAUAGAACUCCUGAAAUAGUUUGCGGCGCACAAUAAUUUCUUUUAAAGUGCUGUGGCUUUAAAAAUAAUGACAGCAAAUUUAUCUGUUUACUUUUAUAAGCAAGUUUUUUUUCUGCUUCAGAGAGAUCAACAGCAUGUUCUUAGUAAGCUUUUGACAUAUUUUAUGUUAGUGAACCUGUCUCGACUUUGAUAGGCUCAACAUUGAAUUGAAGUGUUAAAUUCAUGAAAAGAAUUCAUCAUCUUGUUGACAGAUCAUCUUUAUGCUGAUUCUGGGCUGGUUUCCUAGAGGAAUAUAAAGUCUUUUUUCUUUUUCAUUCUUCCUCGCAGACCAAUCCCUGACUAUAGAGCAUUUUCUAAUCACCCACCUUUGUAAAGACAAAUAGAUCUCGUGUCCUUCCUUUAAAAUGUGAUUGCCUAAUUUCAUUUUGGGUUAUUGCAUGUUAGUGGAAGGAUUUGUAAAUAUGGCUACUUUUGCCCUUUUGGUGAUCUUUGGUGAACAAAAGUAAAGUUUAACCAGGCACCCUUUCAUUUGGCUUGAAAUGAUCUGCCAUUUGUUUUAUCAUGUGUAAUAGUAGACAUACUUGAUGGUUUAUUUUUAUUUUUCUGGGGGUGGUGUUUAGAGCUGUUUGGAUGAACAAAACAAUUGACAAAAUAAAGAAUAAUUGCAAAACUCUAUGCAGCUUCAAUACCGUACAUAACUAAGGGUCGGAUGUUAUGAAAAGUCUUUGGUGAAUAAAUAGCAGCAAUGGCAGAGAGCGGUGCCCCUUGAUUUUAAAUUGUCCGCUGAGGAUUUAGCCAUUUUCUUCAAGUAGCAGGAAGCAGAUGUUUGAGCUCAAACUGCACGAUUGGAAAGUGCGUUUCUAUUUGUCGCAUAAGAUAUCGAAUGUAAUGACAACUUGCUUCCGUGGAAAAAAAACACAAGUGAUGUUUAGUAAAAGCUGGGAAUUGUUUUCAUUAGAAAUAAAAACUAUUUAGUCACUUGAAAUAAAGACACAUUGAAACCAAA